AUGGAGGACUUGGAGAACUUCCCUGGCAUCAAGGUCGAGAACAUCAAACCACAGGUGGAUCGCUUUGUCUUCCCUGAUGGCCACGGUGUGAUUGUGUUGGCAUCUGGCCGACUGGUGAACCUGGGCUGCGCCACUGGCCAUCCAUCCUUCGUGAUGUCAUGCUCCUUCACCAACCAGGUCUUGGCCCAGCUUGACAUCUUGGAGAAUUGCACCAAGGCGAAGAAUUACAAGAACGACGUGUAUUUGCUGCCAAAGAAGCUUGAUGAGAAGGUGGCAGCUCUUCACUUGCCGGCCUUGGGCGCCAGCCUCACGAAGCUCUCCAAGGAGCAGGCCGAGUACAUUGGCGUGAAGCCUGAAGGCCCAAGGAUAUGGGAGCGCCAAAAUGUUGAACAUGGUAAAAGAUAG